UAAUAUUUUUGUUUAUUGCAUAUCUGGUAACCUCUCUCCACUGAAGUGUAACUCACGCCAUUAUAUUUGACAGCAGCUGCGUUUUUUGUUGUUUCAAUUCAACGGUCAACUGUGUCAAACAAUCGUUCGAAAAUUUAGUGAAGAAACCGAGUUUAGAUAUGUCGGCUGCCGCGUUGUCCACAUUGGCAACAUUCGACGAUAUUCGUCGUUGUAUUCAGGUAUUGACUGAUGGCACCGCAGAGGAAGAAUUUCUACGAGUUUUGCGUUUACAAGAACAAUUUCGGCAGGAAUGCUUAGAUACCGCAAAAGAAGCACAGCGUAUACAGAAAGAAUUAGAUGCUUCACUAGAAUCAAUGGCAGAUUUGGAAACGAAGCUUUAUCAUGCGCGUCGUCUCCUUGAAGUUGAAAGUAAGUUACGUCGUGAAGCUGAACACGAACGCGAUCAAAUGGAAAAGAAAAUAAUUGCUGUAGCUGACUUAGUACAGAAGGAUGCCAAUUUAAACAAUGAGACACGCGAUAAAUUAGCCUUUCUAAAUACUUUACCGCGGAAACGAAAGUCAAUGAACCGUGUAAUGGAGGAAAAAUACGGCAAUGAUAUCAAUUCGACAGGCUCAUUUCUUUCUGAUUUAUCUAUAACACAAUCUGAAGAUGAUUUUCUUGAUAUGCGUCCAUCCACGGGCUGGCAAAAGCAUCGUCCCUCUUUGCCUAAAAAUUCAAUACCAUGCGUGGGCGGAAAACGUUCACGUGUUAGUGGAGGUGGUAUACAAACAACACCUGUAACCAAUACAAGACGCUCCACUACACGACGUAGUGGUGUUGGCACACAACAGCAACAUAUGGUGGAUGUAGCACCUGGUGCUGAACGCAUAUGUGCAACUACUAAGGUGACUAUUCCACAAGAUGGAAAUGGUGCUAUACGCGCGGAAUCUACCAUUGAGUCUAUGCCUGCUGUGCCAAUUGUUGCUACCGUGGCUUUGGAUAAAGAGGCGAGCACUGAAGAAGCGGCAUGCACCACACCUACAGGCUCACCUUAUAAACAAGCAACUGCACCGCCAAUAACACCGAUGACAGCAAUUAAAUGUGGGCCGGCUAUUAAUUUAUGUUCACCACAAGUGUCCAGCCUACGCACACAGUUGAUGCGACCACAUAAUUUCGCUUCGCGCACUUUCAUACGAACGGAUACUUGCACACAUUGUCAAAAAAAAAUUCGCUUUGGUACGGUAGGUGUCCGCUGUAGGGACUGUCCAGUACGUUGUCACGCAGAUUGUCGUAUUGCGUUGGCAGUAAGUUGCGUACCACAAUCGGGUACGCCCACAAUUAAAGGUAUGAUGAGUUACAUCAGUGAUUAUGCACCGAACGUGUCACCGAUGGUACCAGCACUUAUUGUACAUUGCGUUAAUGAAAUUGAAUCACGCGGUCUCAAUGAGGUUGGUAUUUAUCGUGUAUCGGGUUCGGAGCGUGAAGUCAAAGCACUCAAGGAACGCUUUUUACGCGGUAAAAACACACCACAUCUGGGCAAUAUUGAUGUACAUGUAUUGUGUGGAUGUGUAAAAGAUUUUUUGCGUUCCUUACGUGAACCACUCAUACCUACCAAUUUAUGGAAAGAUUUCUGUAAUGCUGUGCAACAGCCCACAGAAGUUGAGAUACAAAAGGAUCUCUUUAAGGCAAUUGAUGCUUUACCAGCAGCAAAUCGAGAUACAUUAGCUUUUUUAAUACUGCAUUUCCAACGUGUUGCUGAAUGCCGUGAAGUUCUAAUGCCAAUUGAUAAUAUUGCGCGUGUAUUUGGACCAACUAUUGUUGGGUAUUCAUCCGCAGAUCCCGACCGACACGCCAUCUUUACUGAAGUAUACAUGCAGUUCACCACCAUGCAGAAUUUGUUGAAAAUUCCAGGCGAUUACUGGUCACAAUAUGUGAUAUUGGAUGUAGAUAAGGAGAACAAUCACACAAAUGGCUCAAGCAAUACAAUAACGCGCACACCGAGCCACAAUACUAAAGAAUCUCUCUAUUCCUUGUAUGCAACUCCACUCAAAGGCACACUUAAAAAGCGAAAAUUCCAUGCCACACCGCCAUAUCCGUAUAAAAAAUAAUUAAUAAGGAACUUUUCGAGUCAUUUCAAAACCAGCCGUCAAACGUCCGUCUUAAACGCGCCGUCACAAAGAAACUUGCGUACUUUAUUUUUCUAUAUUAAUACAUAUUUUUUGCAAAGUAGCAAUUGUAAUAUUUUUGUUAGUCGCCGCAAAAAAAAAAAGAAAAAACAUACACUUUUUGGCGCAUAUUUACAUUUAUUUAGCAAUUAAUUUGAUUUUGGUUAACAUUUUUAAUGUACCUCAUUUGAACUUUAAGUACAUACAUAUAUGCUCUACUUUGAAUUAACUAUUUUUUCUGUUGUUAUAAUUUUGAAUUAUCCUUGCAAAUCUCAAGCAUAUACGGAAAUAUAUUUAUUUAUAUAUGGAAGGAGAAGAUAAUUGGUUGUGGGCCCGUAACAUCUGUAUGUAUUUACUAUGUGAAUACUUAAUAUUUAAUAUAUGAAGAUAUUUUUAUACUUGCACAUCUUUACAAUAACGCCUAGAAUAAGGUAUUUCUUUUAUGAACAAAAAAAAAAAACAUUUUAAUAAAACUUCAAAUGUUGAAUAUUUCUGAAUUAAAGUUGG